AGGAAGAAGUAAGGCUGAUAACGGUGCGCGACGGUCGUGCGUCUGCGCGUGCGUGAGGGAUCGUAUUGAGUUUUGUCUUUUCAAAUAUCGCCUCGUCCGGGACGCCGUCCUUUGCUGUUCAGUACUGUCCACCAUUAUGCCGCCGAUGGUCGUUUGUUACCCGCUGUCGGUCAUUCGUUCUUUCGUUCCGUAGGUGACGUACCCUGUUUACCCUACCGAUCGUGGCGACGCGUAAUCACCGUCCGCCCGACCGGACUUUAUUCCCGUGUCCCACGACUGUUUGAUUAUCGGGAGUCUGCUUUUCGUCGUGCGUCCCGUCCAAAUACACCAGAGAAAGCUUCAAUUGCGUUUUGAAGUUUUCAGGUCGGCAUUCAUGGAACUAUGAACCUGGAUUCAUUGUCAUACACGUUGGCCCAGAUUAGUUAUCUUGUCAGUAAUCUUUCCAAGAAGAACUACAAGCCGAGCGUGCAGGAGAUAUUAGACGCAAUUCAAUUGCAAGGAUUUGAAGCAGAUCGUCAUCUAUUACGUUGUCUGUUCUCUCACGUAGAUUUAAAAGACUCCGAAGGACCACGUAAUACAUCUCAUAAAGAUUACUAUCAAGCCCAAUUAUUAUCACAACAGUGUGCAACACUCUUGAACAAGCCAUCACUAACCUCAAUAUUGUGUUUUGCUCUUGAUAAUCCACUUUUGUCUCAGAAGGCACAAAAACCAUCAAUACAGCAAUUUACUCAACUAAGUAGAAUACUACAUCUAAGUCCUGUGCAAGAAGUUGUAUUUGGAAUUGUUUGCUUAGAGUCAACCAACUAUUCAACAUACGCUUUACAAUUUGUCAAGCAAAAAUUGCCAAUUCUCAUUAAAACCUAUAUUAAUUCAGAAAUUAAUUCUAAUCAAGUUACUGAAGGAGGAUUGCAUGAUUCAAGUCCUGAAGUACUGCAUCUGAUUUUAAGUCACGUAUUUAAUGUUGAUGAACAAUCAUUUGGGAUAAGUAAAGAAGUUAAAAAAAUUUUAUUACUCAACCUACGUCAAGAUUUUCCAUUUGAAGUAGCUCCUGUAUUAUUAGCGCCAAUAAUUUACUCAGAUAAAUUGGAACAUCCUAUGGAAAAAAUCAAUUCUGAUACGUCAACUAUUGCUAAUAUAAUGGAUAAUCCAUCACUACCUGAUUUAAUAAUGGAAAUGGGUUAUUCCGUCUGUUCUUCGUUGGAUGAAUGCCGUCGAAACUUGUUAUCGGUCACUAGUGGUUGCAACCCAUUAAUAACUUUUGGUCCAGAGUCUGUUGCUAAAGUAUUAUCAAUGAUGAUACGUACGCACACAGGUUUGGAUUCUCAAUUACCUUUACCAUAUUGGACUGAUGAUAAUUUAAAUAUGGACAAAUUAUCUUCAAACUCAAACCAUUCUACAACUUGGAAUAUUGAAGUUUUUGUGAAAACUAUUAAAGAACUGAAUCCUUCAUUAUCUUGGAUGGAUUUGAUAAAAGAACUGGAUCACGAAGACUUUUUUGUUAAGGAUAGACAAGGUUUGGUUCUUCUUUUUUUGGCAUUAAGACUUGGUUUAAACGUACAAGGAUAUCAUUUAGAUAAUUUUCCUAUAAAUAUGCUUUAUCGCCACUGGACUCAUUCUGAAGCACAGAUGUCUCUCAUUCAACAUAUCCUACAAAAUGCUGAUAUAUUUUGUUUCGCUGAUUAUCCUUAUAGAUCAGUAUCUAUAGAUUCAUUAAAAGUAGUUCCAGAUUCGGACAACAAAGAUAUUAAUACUUGGCGAUCCAUUGAUCUGGUUGAUUUAUUACUUCAUUUAGCUGAAUGUGGUCUUUAUUAUGAAGUGCAAGAAUGUUUGAAGUUCCCUGCUCAGAAGUGUCCUGAUAUUUUAGCUCUUGCUUUGAUAGAAUCUGAUGGCCCAUUGAAUAUGAUCAGACAUGAAAUAAUCAGUAGUCUGAUACCAAUAUUUUUAGGAAACCAUAGUAAUGCUUCCACUAUAUUACAUCAUGCUUGGAACCAUCAGAAUAUUGGGCUUAAACAUACAUUAGUUCAGGCAAUGAGUGAUUGGUAUAUGCGUAGUGACUAUGAUCAUGUUAAACUUUCCCGGAUAUUAGAAAUAGCCCAAGAUUUAAAAGCUUUAUCUUUAUUGUUGAGUGUUCAGCAAUUUCCAUUUAUUAUUGAUUUAGCCUGUCUUGCAUCUCGAAGAGAUUUUUUAAAAUUAGAUAAAUGGUUAUCAGAUAAAAUACGUGAACAGAGUGAAAGUUUUGUAUCAGCAUGUGUUAAAUUUUUACAGAAACGAUUUCCUCAAUUUGGUGGAUCAUCAUCCAAGGAUGAAAAUGUAUUAAAAUACACUCCAUUAUCAUCAGAAACUGUACUUAUAAUGUUAAAUUGUUUACGCAAUAACACUGGAAUAGUUUCGCAAGAACUUUCAGAAACUAUUAUACAAAUGGUUUCAACCUAUGCUAAUUUAUGUAUGCCAAAAGCAACUCCUCGUAUUAAUACAGCUGUUCCACCAACACCAAUGUUUCGUGCUCCUCAACAUCACAGACCUAUUGCACCAAUUGAAGGGCAAACACUUCAAGUAAUGGUAGAUCAACUUACGGGACUUGCCACUAAUCUUGCUAAUCUUGGACUUACUCCUACUUCACAAACUAGUUCCACAUUUACUUUACCAGGAUCCUUGGGACAACUGGUUCAAACUCCCGGAUCACCUUCUCGAAAUCUGGUUGGCAAUGUAUCAGGACUAGGUGGUUUUUCUAUUAUGACACCAUCUAUAAAUAGUAUAAAUGCUCCUGGUCCAAAUACAUCUAAUCAAUUAUCAGGUCCAUCUAAUAUGUUAGGUCAUUUGCCUUCACAACAAGUCUUGCCAUCAGUGAUUGGCAAAUCUAAUAAUCAAAUUGAUAACAGCUUAUUCAUGGAUGGUAAUACACCAGUUUCUGUUCCAAAAGAUAUUGAAGAUGAAGCAAAUAGUUAUUUUCAGCGUAUUUAUAACUUAGCACCUCAUAAUUCUUUAUCCAUUGAUGAAGUCUUAGAAAUGCUUAAAAGAUUCCAGGAAUCACCUGUUAAACGUGAAAGGGAAGUAUUUAGUUGCAUGCUUAGGAAUUUAUUUGAAGAGUAUAGAUUUUUCCCAGCAUAUCCAGAGAAAGAACUAAUUACAACAGCUCAUCUAUUUGGUGGAAUUAUAGAGCAUAAUCUUGUUUCAAAUUAUAAGGCUUUAGGACUAGCACUUCGUUUCAUUUUGGACGCUCUUAAGAAGAGUCCAAAUUCUAAAAUGUAUAACUUUGGAAUAACUGCAUUGGACCGUUUUAAAAAUCGUUUAAAAGAUUAUCAUCAAUAUUGUUCUCAUAUAACUGGCAUUCCUCAUUUUCAGCAAUUUCCUCCGCACUUAAUUGAGUUUGUUGAAUAUGGAAAAAACUCGCAAGAACCACCAACAACUCGAAUUCCUGAUUUGGUUGGUAUUAGUAGUAAUACAAUUCCACAGGGAACAUUUGUUCCUAACUUACAUAGUAUAUUUAAAGCUCAUAGUAUUACAACUACUACAACAACUACUUCAGUGUCAUCUACAUCAUCUAAACCCAUUACUACUAAUACUCUAGUUUCAUCAAGACCUUCAAUUGCAAAUACUACAAAUAUCGAUACAUUAUUAGUUGCAACAGAAAAUGAUGAAAAAAUAAUAAUACCACCUGAUAAUAUUCAAGACAAAAUUGCUUUUAUAUUUAAUAAUCUAAGUCAGAUUAAUCUUCAGACAAAAUGUGACGAAAUAAGAGAUAUCUUAAUAGGUGAUUAUUUACCUUGGCUUUCUCAGUACUUAGUUAUGAAGCGAGUCAGCAUUGAGUUUAACUUCCAUUCGUUAUAUUCAAAUUUUUUGGAUUGUUUGAAUAAUGCUAAAUUAAAUACAUUGAUACGUUUAGAAACUUAUAGAAAUAUUAGAAUUUUAUUAAAAAGUGAUAAAAGCAUGGCUAAUUUUUCGGAUAGAUCAUUAUUGAAAAAUUUAGGUCAUUGGCUUGGUAUGAUCACGUUAGCCAAAAAUAAACCAAUUUUACUUGAUGAUAUUGAUCUGAAGUAUUUACUGGUCGAGGCAUAUAAUAAAGGUCAUCAAGAGUUAUUAUUUUGUGUUCCAUUUAUUGCCAAAAUUCUUGAAUCAUGUGCUAAAAGUAAAGUUUUCAAACCAAGAAACCCCUGGACAAUGGCCAUUUUGAACUGCUUAGCUGAACUUCAUCAAGAGCCUGAAUUGAAAUUAACCUUAAAGUUUGAAGUUGAAGUAUUAUGUAAAGCUCUAAAUCUCAAUGUUGAUGAAUUAAAACCGGGGUAUGUGCUUAAAAAUCCAGAAAUGUUUAAGAAAAUAAAGCAUCAACUUUCAGACGAAGAAGAGUCACAACCACAGGCACAAGCACAUGCACCAGUAAAAAAUGUGCCAGAACCACCCAAAAUUUCUGUUCCUACUUCUCAACAGAAUACACCUAGUUUUCAAACAGUGGUAUCAUCACAAUCACAACAGCAGAACAUAAUCUCAAACAUUCAAACAAUGAAUGCCAAUGUACGAUUCAAUGAUGAAUUAGUGGGUAAUGUUGUUGCAGCUGGAGGGGUUACAACUUUGACUUCAAGUGGUUGUAUGGGUAUAAGCGGUUUAACAGGAAUAUCACCACCUAUAACUUCUUUUGAGCCUAAGUAUAAUUAUGUGACAUUUAAUACAGCAAAUUCAGCACAAAUAAUGUCCAUGGUUGUCAUAAAUUCCCAAAUCCCAUUAUUUGUCAAUCAACCAGCACUUAAAUCUUAUGUCCAAACUGCUAUUGAGCGAUCAAUGCAAGAUUGGCUGAGUCCUGUUGUGGAAAGAUCUGUGAAAGUUGCAGCAAUAACAUCGGAAAAUAUCGUUAAAAAAGAUUUUGGUAUGGACCCUGAUGAAUCUCAUUUGCGCAAGGCAGCUCAUUGUAUGGUAAGAAAUUUAACCUCUGGUUUAGCAAUGAUAACCUGCAGAGAACAAGUUUGUCAAAUCCUAACAACCAACUUAAAACAACAUUUCCUUAGUGUUUUACUCACACCAACGCAAUCUCAAAAAGAAAUGAUUGAUCAAGCUUGUACAAUGUGUGCUAAUGACAAUUUAGAAUUGGCUUGUGCUUUUGUUCAGAAAACUGCUACUGAAAAAGCAGUAAUUGAAAUUGAUAAGUAUUUGAAAAGUGAAUAUGAAAAACGUAAUUUAUCAAGAAUGGAAGGUCGUCGAUAUUGUGAUCCAAUGGUAAUGAGUGGUCAAGCUGAAUAUUUACCAAAUAAUCUUCGUAACAAAGUUGGAUUACCACUACCUCAAAUGAUUGGAAUCUAUGAAGAAUUUGCCAGAAACAUACCAGGAUUUCAACCAUUAGAUCGAGAAUCUGUCUCAUUAUUUAUACCAAAAACAGCGAUCCAGGUUGAUGAAAUGACAAUUGUUUAUGAAAAAAUUAUUAAUGAAAUUGAAGUUCUCCUUCAGUUAUAUGUUAACAAUCAAAGACUUAUGACUAAUACAACACAAUUAACUUGUCUCCACAGUGUGCUAGAGGCAUUGGUAGUCUUAAGAAGAUCACGUGAUUCUGUUGUUGCAACAAAUAUUAUAAACAAAGUAAUCGAAAGUUAUUUAGAAGGACUCUGUCCACCUGCUAAUCAUGAUUUAGACAUGAGUAUUAGAUUCCGUGACAUACAUCUGAAUAUAAUUAGAGCUUUUCAAGAUUCUCGUGCUUAUAACUUGCAAUGGACUAAUAAAGUGUUGACGAAAUCACUCGUGGAAUGCAGAGAAGAAUUACGAUUCAACCUUGAAGCAAUUGAUAUAUUAAUUCGUGCUGGAAUGUUAAAUAUUGGCAUAUAUGACAUGCAUUUAGCUAUGUCGAUGGAUAAUGGUACUAACUAUGUAUCCAUGGCAUACAUAAAACAAUUUUUACAAUACUAUUUAAUGGACAAUCGAUCAAAUUCACCAAUUAAUGAACAUCAUUUUCAAGCUACUAUUGAUACAUUAAACACUAUUAUUCUUAGUGGUCGCCCUGUUCCAGAUGGCUUGACAACUCUUUUGGAAAUUAUUAGACCAUCACAGACAGAAAAUAAUCUUGUAAAUAGGAUUCCAAAUGCUAAUAAUAGUAAUGCUACAGCAAAUACUCAUCAUAGUUUAUUACAUGGUAGAGACUAUGAUGAUCCACCAGGUUUAUUAGAAAAAACUGAAUACUUGCUAAAAGAAUGGCUCUCAAUAUAUAAUGCUGCGCCUAAUAGAGAUCCUAGCAAAACUUUUAAUGCUUUUAUUCAACAAAUGAAUGUGCAUGGAAUAUUAAAAUCUGAUGACAUAAUAACUCGAUUUUUCCGCCUCAGUACCCAGAUGAUGGUAGAAUUAUGUUAUAGACAAAUACCUGAUCAAACACAAUCAUCUUCAACAUUAAGAGCGAAACUUUUUCAUACAAUUGACGCUUAUGUGAAGCUCAUAGUGUUAUUAAUUAAGCAUUCUGGUGAUUCAAAUGCAGUUACUACUAAAACCAAUCUUUUAAAUAAGGUACUAGGAAUUGUUGUGGGAGUUUUGCUUCAAGACCAUGAUAUUCAAGCAACAGAUUUUCAUCAAUUACCUUAUCAUAGAAUAUUGAUUACUCUAUUCCUUGACUUGAAUACACCGGAUCCAAUAUUAGAAACAAUCAAUUACCCAAUACUUGCUAUAUUUUGUCACACUUUUCAUCUCUUGAGACCAAGAAAAGUGCCAGGAUUUACAUAUGCUUGGUUAGAACUCAUAUCUCAUCGUUUAUUUAUUGGCCGUUUAUUAGGGUUAACUUCUCAACAAAAGAAUUCUUAUGACCAGACACCAGCCAAUGACGUUCAAGGUUGGAACUUUUAUGCACAACUGCUUAUUGACCUUUUUAAAUAUUUGGCACCAUUUUUACGAAAUGCUGAACUUGCUAAACCUGUUCAUCUAUUGUACAAAGGAACUUUAAGAGUACUUCUCAUAUUACUACAUGAUUUCCCAGAAUUUUUAUGCGAGUUUCACUAUGGGUUUUGUGAUGUAAUACCUCCUAAUUGUAUUCAAAUGAGAAAUUUAAUAUUGUCUGCUUUUCCACGUAAUAUGCGUUUGCCAGAUCCAUUUACACCAAAUUUGAAAGUUGAUGUACUUCAAGAAAUAUCGGUUGCACCAAAAAUAAGUCCAGACUUCCUAUGUUAUAUUCAGCCUCUUAGUUUUAAAAAGGAUUUAGAUUUGUACUUAAAAACGCGAUCACCUGUAACAUUUUUAUCAGAAAUUCGGACUACUAUGCAACAAAGUUGCUGUGAACCAGGAAUGCGCUAUAAUCUGUCCCUUUUAAAUGCUAUUGUUUUGUAUGUGGGAACUCAAGCUAUACAACAAAUAAGAAGCAAGGGUUUGGUACCAAAUACCUCAACUAUUACUCAUUCUGCCCACAUGGAUAUAUUUCAAAAUUUAUCAGUGGAUCUUGAUACAGAAGGUCGUUAUUUGUUUUUGAAUGCUAUUGCCAACCAGUUACGCUAUCCUAAUAGCCAUACUCAUUAUUUUAGUUGUACACUUUUAUACUUAUUUGCUGAAGCUAAUAGCGAAGUUAUUCAGGAACAAAUUACAAGAGUUUUACUAGAAAGAUUGAUAGUCAAUAGGCCUCAUCCAUGGGGCUUAUUGAUAACAUUUAUCGAGUUAAUUAAAAAUCCAGCCUAUAAGUUUUGGAAUCAUGAAUUUGUACAUUGUGCACCGGAAAUUGAAAAGCUUUUUGAAUCUGUGGCUCGAUCAUGCAUGGUUCCAAAACAACCUACUUCUGCAAUGGAUGAUGAAGACUUAUCUAAUAUAUAAACAUAAAUUAAAUAUACCUAAUAAAACAUUAUAUAUAAGUUAAUUUUUAGUUUGAUAAAAGAACCCAAAUUUUCUAAUUAAGAUAAUUAUUAUUAAAAUCUUAUAUUUAUGAUCUUAAAAAUAUAUGUAUAUACUUUA